AUGAACCCUCGCCGCCCUGGCUCCUCGUCCUCUUCCGGCAUGCAAUGGCUUAACCGGAGAGACAUGAGUGUCCGGAGCAGGGACGGUGUCACAUUGUGCCAGAGGGCUCUGCAGAUUAUCACGGACCUUUGCCUCACCGGACACGUGGACCAGGAGAAAUGCUCAGAUAUUUUCCCGUUGGAGAGCAGCAACAUACCAGGUAAAGGACAUGCAGACAUCUCUAUCAGCCUCUUAGCUGUAGUUGUGGGCUUCUGCGUCCUCGCCCUGCUGGUGGUGUCCCUAUUUGUCGUUUGGAAGCUGUGCUGGCCCCUCUGGAAGAACAAGGCACUGACGGCACACGGGGGAAACGGGCUUCGCGUCGCCUUUCCAGAAGCGCCUUCCCACAACUCGCCACCCUUGCCCGAUAAGGCAAUGCCAGUGGUGGGAGAAGAAAAGAAGAAGCACUCACCCGAGGUGAAGGUAAACGCCCGUAGCUCAGUCAAGCUUUUGGAGGCGGCCAUGAAAAUCAGCCAGACGUCACCAGACAUCCCAGCGGAGGUGCAGACCACCCUGAGGGACAAAUUGAGCCAUCAGGCCAAGAUCCAGAGGCAGACCACUGAGCCGACAUCGUCCUCAAGGCACAAUUCCUUCCGGCGCCACCUUCCACGUCAGAUGAACGUCAACAGCUUCGACUUCAGCAUGGACACGGUGCCUUUCCGACAGUCGUCCACGGCAAGCAUCGGGAGAAUUAAACCGGAACUAUACAAGCAGAAGUCUGUGGACUCAGAUGGCGAGCCCAGAGAACCCGUCCAGACUUGUGGAAAGAUCAGCUUUUCCUUGCGUUACGACUACGAGGAGCAGGCGCUGGUGGUGAGGAUUCUCAGAGGCUUCGAUCUGCCUGCUAAAGACUUUACCGGGACCUCGGAUCCCUAUGUGAAGAUCUACCUGCUGCCAGAGAGGAAAAAGAAGUUCCAGACGCGGGUCCACCGCAAAAACCUGAACCCCAUGUUUGACGAGACCUUUUGCUUCCCAGUGUUGUACGACGAGCUCUCCAACCGCAAGCUGCAUUUGAGCGUCUAUGACUUCGACCGGUUCACCAGCCAUGACAUGAUCGGAGAAGUCGUCGUAGACAACCUCUUUGAGCUGUCGGACCUUUCUCGUGAGGCAGUGGUGUGGAAGGACAUUCACGCCGCGACUACGGAGACCGUUGACUUGGGGGAGAUCAUGUACUCGCUGUGCUACCUCCCCACAGCAGGGAGGAUGACUCUGACGGUCAUCAAAUGCCGCAACCUCAAAGCAAUGGACAUCACAGGCUCUUCAGAUCCAUACGUCAAAGUCCACUUGAUAUGUGAUGGACGGAGGCUUAAGAAGCGGAAAACUACCACCAAAAAGAGCACGCUCAAUCCUGUGUACAACGAGGCCAUCAUUUUUGACAUUCCCCCAGAAAAUGUGGAACAGGUCAGCCUGUCUGUCAUGGUGAUGGAUUACGACCGGGUUGGACACAACGAAGUAAUCGGAGUCUGUCGCACCGGUCCAGAUGCGGAAGGCCUGGGACGGGAUCAUUGGAACGAAAUGUUAGCUUACCCGCGGAAGCCCAUCACCCACUGGCAUGCCCUGGGAGAGUGGCCUGGAAAGGGGGCAAGCUUCGAGAGUCAAGCGUCGUGUCAGUCACCAAAACCGCCGCAGACACCGUGA